AUGGACGCCGCGGGUGGGAGAGGGGCGCGGGCCAGGCGGGGGACGCGUUCCACAGCUCCGCGGAGCCGGGGCAGGGAGAAGGGCGCAGCCCGAAGUCCCUCGCGGGGCCGCGUCGCGGGUGAAGGCUCGAGCGCCACCGCGACCCUCCGGACACCGCGCACGGACGGAGCCCCGGCCCGGGGCGGCCGCUCGGCGCGGCGAGCCCCCGCUGCCCGGGAGCCGCCAGCGGGCGGAGCGGCUGGAGGCGCAGAGGCGCCCCCCGCCCCGCGGAGCAGGGCACCGGCCGCCAGAGUCCCCGCGGCCCCGGGGAGCGACGCGGCUGUGCCCGACGGGGCGGUCGCUGCCGCCGGCCGUCGCCCUCCGCCGGCGGCAGACGCCUUGCGGCUCCGGGAGGUGCUGUCGCGGCUCAGCCUGCUCCGCGAAGACGUGUCCGAGGCUUCGACACUGGUGAACGACGUGGUCCGGCAACUGGUCCAGGCCAUCCGCGACAAGGAGAGCUGCUUCAGCUCCAUGGAGCAGCAGAGCGCCGGCAGCUACUACGAGCGCGUCAAGAUAUCUGAACCAAAUGAGUUUGACAUCAUGCUUGUAAUCCCUAUAAAACAGAAUGCAAAUGGUUCUACAAGGCUUCAGCUGGAUGAGUCUGAUGAUACUGGAGCCUUUUAUUAUGUAUCAUUCAAAAGGAGUCCAAUAGAAAGGGGUUGGUUGAAGUUCUUAGAGGAAGAUGGAAAAUUAUCAGCCUCUAAAAUGAUUCAAGCACUAAGAGACAUUAUUAAACAGGAAGUAAGAAACAUUAGAAACAUUAGAGGUAUGGAAGUCACUGUGGCAAGGAAGAAGGCUGGAAGCCCUGCAAUAACUCUUCAGAUCAAAAAACCUCCAUUAGAAAUAUCAGUGGACAUCAUCUUGACUUUGAAGUCUCAGCAGAGCUGGCCCCCCAGCACACAGGCUGGCCUCAAAAUUGAACAGUGGCUGGGAACAAAAAAGAGGAGGGAUUUCAGAUUUACAUCAAUUUAUUUAGUAGCCAAGCAAAACAAAAGAGAAAAAGUUCUAACAGGUACCUCAAAUAUGGACAAUAGUAACACCUGGCGACUCUCCUUCUCACAUAUUGAAAAGGAUAUGAUAAAGAACCAUGGCAACUCAAAGACAUGCUGUGAAUCCAAUGGACCAAAGUGCUGUAGGAAAGGUUGUCUUAAGCUGCUGAAGUUUCUUCUAGAGCAACUUAAAAGGAAAUAUCCAAAAGAAUUGGAAAAAUUCUGUUCCUAUCAUGUCAAAACUGCUUUUCUCCACUCCUGUGUCAUGUGGCCAAAUGACACAGACUGGUACUUGGGAAACUUGGAUCAUUCCUUUCAGCAAUGUUUGGGAUUUUUUGUGGAUUGCCUGCAAAAGUCUCAGCUGACUCACUUUUUUAUUCCCCAAUACAACUUACUCAGCCAAGAAGAUAAGGCAAGACAUCAUUUCCUUUCAAGAAAAAUAAGUUAUGAAUUGAACAAUGGUUUCCCAGUAUUUCAUGAGAAUUAUUAAGAACACUGUUCACAACAGAUAUCUAAUCACGUUGACUUUACAUAUGUGAAACAAAAAACUCUGCAAUAUAAAUGACUCUUCAGUAGUCUGUACUACAAAACCCAAAACAAAAUAAAACGAAGACCACUAAGAGAAAAAUCUAUACUUCAGUCACACUGCUUAGCCAUGACCCUUAGAAGAAAUGUUUUAAGUAAUAUUUACCCUGCCUAUCCAAAUGUAGAUGUCGCCUGCAAAACAUCGUCAAGGUAUACUAAGAACAUAGAGAAGAAUUUGCAAUAGGUAAUUUCCCACAUGUAAUUUCUGUGUUUCUAAAUACAAAGGCAUCAAAGACUGCAUAAAGGAAAAACUGAUAAUUUUAUUUAAAAUUAGGAUCCACUGCAGAAUAUCCAAAAUACACUCCUACUUUCAAAAGAAAAAAAAAGUCCCUGGAGUUACUUUGACAUUAACCAGAAAAACUUCUCCAGAUUAUCCGGGUGGAUAUGAAGAUCUUUUGCAGAAGACAAUCACCAGCAAUAGUUACCAGAGAGAGAAUAUUGUACCUGAAUAAUAUGAAGUUGCUGAAGUAACUUAUCCUUUCUGAGUCUUAGAAUUACUUUAGAAAUCAGUCUUUUCAUUGGGCUUUAAAUAGGAAACAAUCAUUACCUAAUAUGCUGCAACAGAAUAAUGGUUUUCUGCCAAUGAGCAUUUAUUUGUAUGAUAAUCAUGUAGAAAGAAAUGCAUCUUUCAACCUGUAUCAAAGAAGAAGACUCUUGAUAUAAAAGGUUUCCAAAACCAAAAUGCAGCAUGAACUGGACACUCCUGAAACUGAAGUUCAUAUCAAUUUUUCUCAUAUCGAAGAAAUGUGUGUUAGGAAAAAAAUUUUUAAUAAUUCCUAUUACUAAAAUCAUGCAGGUGAGAAGUACACAGCAUUUGAGAACUGCUGUGCUGCAAAUAAAUACAUCUUUUGCUUCUACUUAUAGAAGCCAUGGGAAGUCCAUAUUUUUCACCUACUUUUUGAAGGCAAAAUAACCUAUUGGAUUGAAUAAUGCCCAGAUUUACCUCAAUUAUGAGCAAAUUAAGAGGAAAGAAUAUUGACAGAGUAAUUUUACUAAAAUAUUCUCAUUUUACUGAAUUUUGUUUAUUAGUUUUUAUUUAUUCAUAUGACACAUAAAUUAACACAAGUUCAGACCAAGCAUCAAAUGCAGGAAUGACUCCUUCCCAUAUAAAUUUCAAAGAGUAAAAAAAACCAACAUGCCCCAUUAUCACUGGGAGUCUGUGUGACAGAACCUGACAUCCAAAUGUAAAUUGUGAAUCAAUUUUAUCUGGAAGCAAUAAAAGCUGACCCUCAAAUGUAUUUUUUUUCCAUGACUUUGUUAACAUUGCUCUAGUAAAUUCUGGUUUCAUUCCUUAAGCAAGAAUAUUACAUCCACAAAAAUGAAAGUGGCUUUUCUUCCCCAGUUAGCCACAAACAAGUACUUCCUGUCAUGUUCUCCUCCAUUAUAGGAAAAUGCAGACCUCUCUCAAAAAAUCUUGAAACACAAGUCUUAACAAAAAUUACUACCAAUGUUAAGUUUUAAAAUAAGAAUAAAGAAAACUUGCUUUAGCAAACAUAAGGAACAGCAAACAGAGCAGUUUUCAUUAUCCUGAGAAAUCCUGCAUGCCAGCAACAUAUCAAGGCAAAGGUACAGCAUUUUGAAACUACAUUGACAAACAUUGUUUACAAUGAAUAAUCUGGUUCUCUGAAUAUAAAAGGAAAAGUUAUCUUUUACAUUCUUAUAUAGCAUUACUGCAUAUAACUAAAAAAAACCCAAACCAACCAACAAAGCCACAAUAUUUGUUUUUAACCAGUAGACAAUGGCUUUAGAAGUUUCGUACAUCACACAAGAAAAAAUUAUGUGAAAAUAAUUUGCAAAACCAGAUUUAUUCCUAUAUAAAGUUACUCCAGUUUUCUAAGACACUUUUGAGAAGUUUGUUUAAAUAGGACAGGUACAGAAAACAAUCAAACACAAAAUGAAACUAAUAAAUUCAAGCUCAUGGAAGCUAACACUAAUUAAAAUCACUUUCUCUGUUUCAGUAGCUUCAAGGGACUACACUUAUUUUGAGGGCUUUCUCCAAGGUCUUUGUAUAUCCUUUUCAUUUUCUUUUCUCAUUUGUGAUUGUUUGUAUCUUUCUGCCAUUGCCAUAAGCUCAUCAGGAACUACCUAUUAAGAAAGCAGGCAAAAAACCAAGGUGAAUUUUAAAUAAAUCCAAACUUUCAAACUGCUUUAUGAAAAUGCUAUUGAUUUGUGUGCUCCCAAACUUGAUUUCAUUAUUUAUCUGGCUCCUGUCACUUUGCAGAUUAUUUUCUGUAAAAAUGCAGAGAGAAAUCUUUUUACAUAAGAUUGCACUGAAAUACACUAAAAAAUAAU